CCUUGGUGAAGGGGUCCCACACUUUGCAUUAGAACUUCGCUUCCAUAUUCCAGGACAGGUCUGAGGAGAGCCUUGUAGCAUAGCACCUUGAUGUUUCUUGGGCAGGAGCUAGCCCACGUUGCGUUGCAAGAAGGCACAGGUGGAGUUCGCCUUCUCAAGGCUAAUAAGGUGAUUCCAAUUCAUUUUUUGCUGGAUAUGUACACCAAGAUACAUGUACUUGGUAGAGUUGUCCUUUUCCAGUGAUUGACCAUGGAUUGAGUAUUUCUUGUUGAUUGGGGUCUCUUGUUAUUGACUGAGAUGGUCUGAUAUUGCAACCAGUGCUGCAAUGCUGAUGUUGCUUUGUGGGGGUCAAGUCCGGAUAACAGCUUGUUGACACCAGCCCCGUCUUACAAAGAGUUGAUAUCAAUCGCAACUUAUUUGCAAUUGAUAUCAAUCGCAAGUACAGGUAUGUUCAUAAGACAUAAGAGACUGCAAAUUUGCGAUUGAUUAGAGGACUUACGAUCGAUUUGGAUCAAUUGCAGCUCUUUGUAAGACGGGGCCCAGCUGGAGAGAUGUGAAUGUCCUCCAUGGAGGGAUAAGGACUGUCACCUUUGUCUGGAAUAUAAGUUGAGCACUCAUCUUUGGUAAAUACUGAUGCAACUGUUUGUUGAGGGUGUCUGCCUUGGAGGUGCAGUCAGCUUGGAUGAUUUCUCCUGGUGACUCCAAGAGGAGCAACACCAGUUGCAUCACAUUUCUUACUGUUAAUGAAUGACCAGAACCAUUUCCGGUUUCCAUUUGGACUUGGGUGAAAUGAUGUUCCUGAUGUUGUCAUUGUAUGCUUGUUUGCAUGCAGAUCUUGAAUCUUUUUUGUUUGUUUUUGUAUUUGCCACAACAUUAGUAGCUGUAAAUGAUGUUAAAAUAGAGAUGAAGUUAACUGCAUUAAACAUUCACCAUGUUCCCGUUUCUCUUUUUACAGAUCAAGCACUUCCAUCAUCUCUUCAUGAUACCAUGUCAGCACAUGAUGGACAGUUUCCUCCUGGGAGAGGGCUAUCUCCUAAUGCCAUGGAGCUGGGACGGCAGAUCACUCUGGCUCGGCAACUCUUGCAGAAACAGAAGCAGGCUGAGUUCAGAGCCAACGCUUUUUUCAACAAACGAUCUUCUAUGAGGCCAGCAGCUCAUAUCUUACCGAUGAAGAAAGGUCCACACUAUGACGACAAGAUCGGAAAGGGCGAUUCAUACUUGAGUCUGGCAGAUGAUGAUCUAGAUGAUGACAUUUCAUUGCAAAAGUCAGGAGCACAGAGUAGCCGCAGCCUCUAUUCAGGGUUAUAUACUCCACGUAGCAAUAAAAGAAAUCCUCAAAGUCAUCAUCCCGUCUCAACAAGAAAGAGUGGUGAUGAGCUUCUUGAGAAAUGGAAAGUCCAGAGUGAGAUGAGAAGGUUGGAAGGAAAUCUUCAAGAGAAAACAAAAGAGGUAGCAGCACUCCAAACACAAGUAGACCAUACCCUCAGAGCCGCUCAAAGCAAAGACAGAAAUUUAGCCAGUAUGAAGGCUGUAUGGGAUGAGACAGCGGCCAAACAGUCUGUAGCACGGCAACAUCUACGUCAUUACAUAGAUGACCUAGCUGACAGGGCUGAGAAGGCGGAACACGAGGUGGAGGACUUAAGAACAUCACUUACUCUGUCCAGAACACCUUCACUAUCAAGAACUAGUGAAGGAUCUAAAGUGAUGAAUAGGCAUGCUCCUGUAAACACUUAUGCCCAAGACACCAAUCAUUCAACUUAUGGUGGGUCACCUGAUAUCAUUAUUCAACACCAGUAUUCACCAGAUGAUCAUAGCAGACAUCUUAGAAACACAACAGGUAGAGAUGAGCUGUAUUCAUCCCAAGGCACAGGACAUGGUGUGCAAGCCAGAAUGGUAAACCCUACCCAUUCUUUCUCAAGAUACAGUCACACUGAUGAAGCAGCCAUUCAUACCAGUCAUGCUCAAUUAGCCAGCCAUGUACCUAACUUGCCAACAACUUCUAAUAACUCGGCAAGGAAUGCUCCCUAUGAAACUCCUUCACCCACCGUGCUACAAGGGAUGUCUUCCAGUAACAUUAAUCCUCAUGAAGCCCCAUCGUCGUCUCUGUUACCAGGGACGUCAUCCUACAUACCAGCAGUAUCUUCAUACAAAGACGGGGAUCCUAUCUUCAAGGAUCAGACUAACUGGAAUGAUAUGGACUUCCUGGAGGAAGUAAUGGAAGAUGUGAUGUUGCGACGUGGUGAAGAGGGAAAGCCUUCACCUACAGCCGUUAGCAGAGGCUUCUCUCCUCUUCCCUCAUAUGGUGUGGAUUACUCCCGUAAGAGUCCAGAGUAUAGAGUUGAUGGCUCCAGGCUUGUGAAUGAAGACAGUGGAUCUGAUGUGUCGGUGACAUCUGUCUCUCAGUGGUCUGAAGAAGGACGUGCGACAAUACCACAUCGAGAAGGGACUUACCUACAUCACUUUGAGCCUAAAAAGCGAAGAGCAAUCCUCUUUCUAGUCUUUUCAUACCUACGAACCUCCACCAAAUUGAAAUGUGCCAGUGUGUGCAGAGAAUGGAGAGAUGUAAGCCAUCAACCUGAGUUGUGGCAGUAUGUCCACCUACGCAGCAGGCAGAUAUCUUCCAAGUUUCUGAAGACUAUCUCCACAUGGUGUACACAACUGAAGUGGCUAAUCUUUGAAAAGCUUUCACCAAGGAACCAAAGAGAAGAUGAAACCAAAGAUGUCUAUUUCAAGAAAAUCAGAGGGUGCUUAGAACCAGGAAUUGAAGCACUGCUACAAUCAGCUGGCAAUGGUCUUCUCACGCUCAAGAUAGUUGAUUGUCCUCACAUUUUUACUGAAAGGGUUCUAUGGUUAGCGAGUUGUCACUGCCGAAGCCUGAUGAGUGUGACGUACAUCAGCAGGACUGAUCCCGUCGGUCCGGAGGUUAUAUGGGCCUUGGGAGCAGGAUGUCGUCAUAUUCAAUCUCUUAAGAUUCCUCCAAAGAGUCCUUGUGAGAAGCCUAAGAGGUUUAACAGUGCCUGUGUUGCUAUGAUCGGUCGUUGUUGGACUCAACUCAAAGCCCUUAGUGUGGGAGGAACCCAUGUCAAAGCAGAAUCUCUUUCACUUGUUAUCAGGUCAUGUGCUAAACUACAGGUGUUAGAACUGGAUCACAUGACCAAGCUUACAGAGGAGAAGGCUGUAGAGCUGUGCCGUGAUGGUUUGCGAGGUCUUCAUACUCUCAUUCUCAAACAUACACCAAUCACUCCUUCAGCUAUAUUACAUUUCAAUGGUGCUUGCCCUCAGUUGACCAGGAUCUCUGUCCAUCUAAGUCUAUCUGAUUUCUUCCCUUCACCCGCUAGUCCUGGACAGAGGAAGGAAUUCAGUAAUGCUAUUGAGACACUCUUGGUUCUUUGCAAGAAGAGGUCUCUAGAAAACACUCUUCAGGUCAGAGCAGACUACAAAUAGACCUUCUGAUUGCUAUGCACACUGUGUAUCUGAGUGGCCUACAUCUGAAAGAUUUGUAAGCCCGCUUGAUGUACGUACAUGUAGCAGGGUUGGCCAGGAUAAUAAUAAUGAUAAUAAUAGGCAUUUCGAUAGCGCCGUCUAUCUAGACAUUCUAUUCCGAGGUGCAUUUAUUAUUACCCCGGCUGUAGCCUAGCUGCAAUUACAUAGCUCUAGCAUUUCAAGGAGUUAAAUUCCUGCCAGGUACUCAUUUACCUCACCUGGGUCGAGUGUUACAAAUGAAG